UUUGUUAGUAAAUUGGUGGUAAAAUUAAGUGCUCUGUGCAGACAGGUAUCUCGCGUUAAUGUUUACACACAGUUACAAAUACAGGGUCGAAAACGAAAGUAGAUAUUUACAGAAAUCCACAAAUCGAUAAAUAAGUGUGCAAUCAGGUCAUUUGACAGGUAGUUUAGCUUCGGCCAGCGAUUAUAUUUUAAACUAGCUCAUAAAUGAAUAACGUACACUUAAUCAGGUACAACACCUGGUGUGUUUCAAUGAUGGUAAUCAUACACGAUUGCGAUAGCUACUACACUUGUGUAUUUCAGCAAUUAUAAGUUUAGGAUAUUUAUUAGCUGUAGAUCUAGAUAAUUAUUAUGAAAAUAUUGACUUCAAAAAUAAAAACAACUGAAAAUAAAUUCUAUUAACUGGGGAAGAUAUAGGACAGGUCACAAGGUUGAUUUCAGAAAAUGCAUAAAGGAUUAUGCGACCUGUAUCUAUUUUCAGAAAACCCGUGUUUUUCAUUUUCGGUAAAUACACAUGUCUGUAAUUGGAUAGAGAAAGACGUGUCAUCUAGUAAAAACGUGUCGUUUAACUUUUGAUGUGGAUGUUUGCAUAUGAAAAUGGCAAGCUGUGUGGAUAUUUUUGAUAUAGUUUUGUCAUUUGACACAACGGGUUCAAUGUACGGCUGUUUGAACGCAGUACGAGACAGGAUGAGGGAAAUGAUGCGGAAAUUAAAGUCUGACAUUCCUGGUAUAAGGAUGGGCGUGAUUGCGCACGGAGACUAUGAUACCGGUCAUACUUACAUCAUAAAGUACGAAAAUUUAACCGACGAUGUGGAACGUUUGUGCCGUUUCGUGCAGAAUGCGCAAGGUACCGGAGCGGGGUUCGCAGGAAAUUCAGAUGAGGCGUAUGAACUUGCACUGUAUUAUACCCGAUGUAAAAUCAGUUGGCGACAGAACUCGAACAGAGUGCUUGUCAUGAUCGGGGACUGUAGACCACACGAACGCGAUUAUUUUCUCAAUAAACAACACAUUGAUUGGACGAAGGAAAUAUUAACACUCCGUGAUAUGAAUGUAAAGAUCAAUGCAGUACAAUGUGGUUACCCUUCCUAUGCAGACACGUUCUACCAAAAGAUAGCUUCAGCAACGUUUGGACAUCAUGUAUCCCUGAAUGAUAUAAAGAAAAUUGAAGAAGUGCUGAUGUCUAUCUGUUACAGGGAAGCCGGACUCGGAAUAAAAACAACUUCGGUAGUUAAGUCGAGCUCACUUGCAAGUUAUCCAGGACACGUCAACAUGUCAGUACCAGCUCCGGCUGAUUCAAGGACGCAGAUUUCAGUCCCAGAAGAGGACUCCGAUUCCUGCUCAGAUGACGAUGAUCAAAGCAAUGUCAAUGGUAUGAAGUGUCCAAUGUUGUCGACAUGUUUUUAA